AAUGCGAAUAAUAAUAUGCGAUCAUUCCAAAUUAGAGAGAAGUCACAUACAAGUUUGUUUCAACAUUUCCCAACACAGUCCAAGGUUUACGCGCAUGUCCUUGAAUAAUUAAUUAUACACCACACUCCAUUGUUGCAUCAACGCUAUUUCGGCACGAGCAUCAUCCUAAAAGCUUCAAUUAAGCGAUAUUACUGGCGAUAUAGGACGCCAUAUAUCGGUGCAACAAAUACCACCUGAUCAUCGAAACCCCUCCAAUCCCUAAACCCAACCAGCCGCGCAUCAGAAAAAAGACUGCCCCCCAUAUUAGCCCGGCCGUCCGUGGGAUAUCGGCUGCAACGAUGCGCCCGGCGGUGAGCACCCCAACGGCGAUACUCCUCGUAGACAUCCAAGAGGGGUUCAAGCACCCCACCCACUGGGGCGAGUCCAGGAGCACUCCUUCCUUCGAAAGCAACGUCGAGGCGAUCCUGUCCGCGGCGAGGGCCUACAAUACUCGCUUGGAAACCAACCAUGCAACAGCAACAGACCCAGCACCAGCACCAGCAGACGCAGGUAGCACUCCCAGUCAGCACGCGGUCCAGAUAAUCCACAUCCACCACCACUCCCUAUCCCCGACGUCGGCGCUGCACCCAACCCACCGCAUCGCCGGCUCGUCGACGCCGUCCGUGGCCGCCAACCCCUGCGCUGCACCGCGGCCCCACGAAGCAGUGCUCGUCAAGCACCACAACAGCUCCUUUGUGGGCACGGACUUGGAGGCGCGCCUGCGGGCCGCGGGCGUGCGGCAGCUGGUAGUCCUCGGCCUGACCACCGACCACUGCGUCAGCACGACGGUGCGCUUCGCCGCCAACCUGCAGGUGCUGGGCGGCGAGGGCGGCCCCGACGGCAACGGGGAGGGCGUGCACGGCGUCGUGGUCGUGCGCGACGCCACGGCCACGUUUGCCAGGGGAGGCUUCGACGCCGAGACGGUCCAUGCCGUCAGCCUGGCCAGCUUGGAUGGUGAGUUUGCCCAGGUCGUGGAGACCAAGGACGUCUUGGGGGCACUUGGGGCACUUGGGGCACUUGGGGCGUGAGGUGGGUGAGCAGGGAAGAAGGGGGGAUGGAGGGGGAUCUGGUACAUAGUAAACUCUGGUCGUAUAGGGGGUACAUGAAAAGCAGGAGGUAGGGGCAGCGGGGAUCACUACAAAAGAUCCAGGUGUGGUAUUCUACAGGGUCAUGGGAAAGAUACCAUUAGAGCAGGCGAUGCAUGGGCUUGAAGCCCUGGACAUGCACAUCGAUCGUGCAAGUCAUACAACCCAAUUUUUGCUACUUAUGUACUUUCUUUGUGUGACACAGAAAAAAAGAGAAAGAAAAAAGAAAGAAGAAAAGAAAAAAUCUCCAUGA